AUGCAUUGGAAAGGCCUACGGCUUGUCGCCGAUGGUCCAAAACGUCAAAGCGCCAAUGAAACUCAGGCACAGGCCCGCCGCAGUGAACAUCUGCCACGUCCUUCUCCGCCGGCUAUCGAGCCUAGACUUUCCGAAGCAACUCAUCGUGCUUUGAACUUGGCACCGGAACAUGGAGUAAUGGAACCACCACGGGGGCUGGAGGUACCUGAGACCGAGCCAAACCCCGGGGUAACUCAGACGGACCUUGCUUCCUCCUCACAUGGAGAACCCCAACCCAAUUUACGAAGAAAUCGGUUCAGUUUUAUGCGAAUCCGUCGGGCAUCGGAUCCUCAGCUUUCCAAAACCUACGCCAAGGACGGAGAGGACAUUCCUCCUGUACCUUCUCUUCCACCACCCAAAAUCAUCACUACAGCCCCAACUAGCCAUGACUUAGACAAACCUCUCAAACAACAAAAGGAGCAACAACAACAACAACAACACAAGCUCAGGCUCUUACCUUCGUCGCGCAAACAUUCCAUGGAGCACUUACCUCGACGCUCAACGGAAAUUCCCGAGCCAAGACAGGAACAAAAGGAGCAAGGUUCUAUUGAUUCCCAAAUUAGCGACUCCGCUCUUUCAGCAUCUCAACAUACUACUGACAAUUCUGGACGUCUGUCGAUAACUUUAUUACGAAAUGGAAGUCGGGAUCAACUGACUGACUCGCACCGCUCCUCUGUCAUCGAUCCACGGUUUUCUGAAUCUUCUCGCUCCGAUCAGAGCUAUGGGGAAGGCCCGACAUUCCGAACGAAUUCACCUAGCCACGCAUUAACGUCCAAUGCGAAACGUUUCCGCCUUCCUCGCCUGAAGCGAAGCCCCAUGUUUCCUCUGCCUCCGAAACCGACAACAAGUUAUGCUCAAGAUCAUGCAUCCAAGUUCUCGACGGAACGUCCGAAAACUUCAGGCUCUGGUGAUCUAGACCAGAUCUCGCCGCUACCAUCACCAUCCCGCUCAUCAGUAGGCUUAUCUAGUGCGGCUGUGCCACCUCUACUUCGCCAUGAUUCAACCAAUUCUGCUCACUCGGUGCGAUCCAAUCCGUCUCACAAGGGCCGAGGUAGGUCGUCUACAAUGGGAUCCGUGGCCGAGAACCAAGAUCUUCCAUCUCCAGUGCCGCACAUGAUUUCCUCUGGUCGUACGUCAACUUCGACAACGGGCCGGAAGAGCUUUGGUGAUCUUUUCGGUAUCACCCAGAGACUGAGGCAGAACUCAGAACCGCCAUUCCCCCGGACUGCUUCUCCUGGCGUCGGUGGUUUCUUAACGCCUACUCCAAAACCCGAACCAAAUUGUCCCCCUCGGGGGGAAGAUGACACACCGGCCUCUUACUUGACCAAACUAGAGGAAGCUAUUCCUCGGGGCAUGAUUGCCAGUGUUUUAUGCCAGUCGGACGACGAAUUUUUCAAGGUUGCGCUGCGAAAGUACAUGAGAUCGUUCGCUUACUUCGGUGAUCCUAUUGACAUGUCCAUUCGUAAACUUUUGAUGGAGGUGGAACUGCCCAAGGAAACACAACAAAUCGACCGAUUUAUCCAGUCAUUUGCAGACCGAUACUUUGAGUGCAACCCAGGCAUCUUUGCAACCACAGACCAAGCAUACUUUAUUGCAUUCUCGAUCCUAAUUCUCCAUACGGAUGUGUUCAACAAGAACAAUAAGCGGAAAAUGCAGAAGCUUGAUUAUGUCAAGAACACUCGAGGAGAGGGCAUCUCAGACGACAUCCUUGGGUGUUUCUAUGAGAACAUCUCCUAUACCCCCUUCAUUCACGUGGAAGAUGUCGAAGAUGCAAAAGAUGCAAACAAUAACCGUCACUUGGCCUUGGCGAAACCUCGCCGUGCUUUGUUCAAAAGCACUAGCUCUGAGCAUUUGGGCCGAGUUACGCGAGAGCCUGUUGAUCCAUAUGCGCUCAUUCUGGAUAACAAACUCGAAACUCUCCGGCCCAGUUUGAAGGAUGUCAUGGAUCUUGAAAAUACUUACGACCACGUCGGAACCACGGGCCCGCCAGACAUUAAUGAUCUCCAUCAAGCCUUCACCAAGUCAGGAAUUUUGCAGAUUGUAUCUUUACGUUCUCGUCCUGAUGCGUUCAUGCAAGGAACCCUUGAUCCAGCCGAGUCAAAUCCUGGUCUGGUUGAUAUCAAGGUAGCCAAGGUUGGCUUACUCUGGCGGAAGGAUCCGAAGAAGAAGAGAGCUCGUUCGCCAUGGCAAGAAUGGGGCGCCAUUCUCACCUUCUCUCAACUCUACUUCUUCCGUAACGUCACUUGGGUUCGAGCUUUGAUGACCCAAUAUGACACAUAUGUUAAGGACGGACGACCUGACACCUUAGUCUUCCGGCCGCCUCUUGCAGAAUUUAAACCUGAUGGUAUUAUGUCUACGCAUGACGCCGUUGCUUUGCUGGACAAUAGCUACAAAAAGCACAAGCACGCAUUCAUGUUCGUCCGUCACAAUUCUGUCGAGGAGGUCUUCCUUUCUACGUCUGAAGCGGAGAUGAAUGAUUGGCUUGCCAAACUCAAUUAUGCAGCGGCGUUCAGAACUACUGGAGUACGCACGAAUGGCAUGAUUGCUACCAACUACGAAGGUCAGCGCUACCGUAAGAGCCAACGAAUGAACUCAACAACUUCCAUUGGUUCUCAUAACUCGACAGAGAAGCCGCGUCCUCACUCAGCAGGUAUCGACAUUGACACAGACGUUGUCGCCGAGUUUGUUGCCGCCCGGCGACGACUGAUGAGCCAGAAAAUACUUGAAACGAAUGAGAAGCUUGUUGAGAAUGAGAAACAGCUGGAUGAGCUUUUGCGAAACGCACGCCAUCUGCAAGUUCUCACCCCAGUGAAUUCGCGGGCUCGCGACGGAGUCAUUUUGGCAGCGGGCCGAAUUGCAGCAAAAAUCAAAUGGGUUCGCCAAGAUAUCUCACGUAAUACGUGCUAUCGAGAUGUGCUUCUUCGGGAUAUGGGAGAGAAUAUCGAAGGUCGUGCUGGAUCCGUGGCUAAAAUGACGUCAUCGGAUGCGGAUACGGCACGAGUAGCCUCGAUCUCUGGGCCGUCAAUCACUUCCGAUCUGGGUGGGCCGCCUCGGGCUCCUAGCAUUGUUCGCACAGUCUCUAGUCGUGAUACAAACGAUUACGCAGCUCCAUCUGUUAGCCAACCUGCUCAACCAACCCUUCUUAAGCAAGCCUCCACUAGUGAGAUGCGCCGGCCAAGUAUUCCAUCCUCUAUUUCAUCUUCGGAUGCCCAUGUCGGCCGCCCUCCGUCCAUCUCCGUCAUUUCUGAGCAGGGAAAUCUAUUUGAUAAUGCCGGCAAAGUUGAGCGCGAGCCCUCCAUACUAAGCCGCAACAGCAAGUUUGACGCCGCCAGUCUCAGUUCGCACGCGUCUAAGCUCGCAUCGUCUGCGUUUGACGAGGGCGAAGAACGUUUGCUGAGAGAAGCUGGUCUGAUAGACCUCAACAGCUCGCCUCCGCCACGCAAGCUGACGGAUGGAGAUGUCGAAGAAAAACAGGAUGAGUCCUCAGAAGUUUCUCCGAGUGAGCAUAAGCCUAGCCGAGUCCGUCGUAGUCUUCAUCGCUCACUUCGAGAUGUUCCUCAUGUUGCUCACGUACCUCGGCAUCAUUCACGGAGUAAGAAGAACCGAGACUCGAUAUCAAGUAUCGGCCAACUCGACGACGAUACGGUCCCGCACGACAGUGAGGGUCUAUCCCGCAAGACACCUAGCUUUACCGUUCACGGCAAAAAGGCUUCAAUCGUGACCUUUGGCUCUGAAUGGCAAAACCUGCCUACCGAGGAGCGUCUGAAGCUACGAAAACCUACUCCGCACGAAGAGCCACGGACCUCGGAACCUGCCCUCGUUGGCAGUGACGGUUGCAUAGCCUCGGACAAUAUUCCAUCUGAGCGACCUCACUCAUCUGGAAGCACUAUGACGGCAUUCAGUGUCCUCAGCGACGAUGAGUCAGCUGAUUUCUUCGGGCCAGCACUUGAAAAUCUUCCGGUUAGUUCUUCUGCACGACGAGUCACUGAACCCAGAGACCCGGCUGACGAUGCGGUCAUGGAGAAUUUCGUUUUCCCGCGCUCAACUUCUGAAGGUCUGGUCCAUACUUCUCACCUGAAAGCAUCAAGUGACGAUCGAUCCACCUCGUCAACAAGCAUCCCGCUGACCGAACUAGCCGUGGACGCACCUUCCUCUGACAACAUACGAGAGCAAGCUGUGGGUGCUUGA